AUGGGUGUGGCUUCUCUGGGAGGAGCCUAUGCCAAACUAGAUCUUUCUUCUUCUUCGAACGUCGUGGUUUACUGGGGUCAAAACUCGUUUGGUCAAACUGGAGAUCUUGCGCAGCAGAGGCUCGGUUAUUACUGCGAUGAUUCAAACAUUGAUGUUAUUGUACUUGCCUUCUUGACGACGAUCAAUGGCCAGGGCGGGGCCCCGGAAGUGGACUUUGCAAACGCUGGCGAUAAAUGCACUAUUAUCGAAGGCACUAAUCUUAAGAAAUGCCCUGAGAUUGGAGAGGACAUCACCACAUGUCAGAAAAAAGGAAAAAGCAUCAUCUUGUCGAUUGGUGGUGCUACUUACAGUGAAGGUGGCUUUCAAUCUGAGGCUGCCGCCAGAGAUGGAGCCGAUCUAGUCUGGAAGACGUUCGGACCGGCGUCUGACACAGCUCAUGUCAACACCACCGUUCACCACAAGAACAGCACCCACAGCCCCAUCCACAACAGCAUUGUCCGUCGUCAGAACCAAGUCCGACGACCUUUCGGAGAUGCCGUGGUGGAUGGAUUUGACUUCGACUUUGAGGCUCACGUCGAAAACAUGGCUCCGUUCGCGAACCGGCUUCGCGAAUUGUCGGAUGCCGACACGUCCAAGCAAUACUUUUUAACCGCUGCGCCGCAAUGCCCCUACCCCGACGCAGCAGACAAGGACAUCCUGAACGGCCCAGUGUCCAUCGAUGCCGUCUUCGUUCAAUUCUACAACAACUUCUGCGGAGUCGGGUCUUUUGUCGAGGGCCAGGACACGCAAAACUCUUUCAACCUCGAGACCUGGGACAACUGGGCCAAGAACGACUCCCAGAACAAGAAGGCCAAGGUUAUUGUCGGCGUUCCGGCCAACACUGGAGCGGCUGGCUCCGGAUACAUCCCCGUCACGAAGCUGAAGUCCGUGGUCGAAUACAGCAAGACCUUUUCCAGCUUUGGAGGCGUCAUGAUGUGGGAUGUCAGCCAGGCUUAUGGAAACGACGGCUUUCUUCAGGGAACUCGCCAGGCUCUGGGAAGCAGCCAGUCUCGCAUCUCGUCCCGUCCUUACCGCUACCACCCAAUCCGCUGGUAG